AGGUGGUAGGUGAAGUAAAAAUGUGCUCCGGCGAAGGCUUUCGAGCCUUGUUCCUGUUUUGCAUUCUAGCUCGGUGGUGUGAAGCUGCCCCACUGCUCCAAGAUGAGGCACUGCAGCAACUCGGGCAGCUGAAUUUGACCCAGGCAAAGCUUAUUGCAGACAACCCUUCCGUCAAGUGCAGCCUGACCCCGAAUCUUUGCGACUGGCAACUGCAUCUGUACGAGGGUCACGGAUUUAGUGUGCCACUUGUCCAGGCAGUGGAAAGUCCCCCCACCCGAGCACCCUCGAAGGCUGGUCAAGAAAUCUUUGGAUUGGGCCACCAGGACGGUGGGGGACAGCAUCAGCUGUUUAUUUUGGCCGAUAUUGAGCCCAAGACGAGACGAAAAUUGAGAAGAAAAAGAAAACUCCGGCGACGAGUCGCUCUUAAUCACUUAAGUAAACAGAAAUUUGUCUUACUGGUCGUUCAAUAA